UCGAUGUAACGGCGCUAAAUUCGACAUAAACGCCUAGUGUAGACCAGGCCUUGGAAAGGAGGCUGAAGAGAGGAUUCUGUUUUUUUUUCCCUCUGGGUGUUUGACUGGCGUCAAUCAUGUGUCUUACAUAAACAGUGCGUCAAUUCGGCUGUGGGGCUGAUAAGAGGAGGUUUUUUUCCAUGGCCAUUAUCUUGUUUAGGGUGAAGCUGGGUUUAUUUUAGCCUUGCGACGGAUGUGUUGAUCUGAUGUAAUAAUUCCAGCUCUGCUCGGGAAUGGUGCUCAGAGAGAAUGGAGCACUGCAGAUGCUGACGCCCCCAGCACAGCUCUCUGACCCUGCUCCUUUCUCUUAUCGCUCGCCAUUACACAGUAAUCUUUCCAGCAUGUCCUGUGCGGUGAUGAGAGAGGGGAUGACAGGUUUGGUUUAGUAACAGCACAGAAUUGGACCACUGGCUCUGACUGUUCCUGGGGUGUGAGGGUGUAUCUGGAUUUUGACUGCUGUGCAGUUGCUGGUGUUUGCCAAGAUUCAGUUGUCAUCAAGCUAUUGGUUCAUAGAUCUUAAGAUCAUAGAGAGUUGGACUGGGACCUAGGUUCUAUACCUGGCUCUGACACUGACUUGCUGGGUGACCUUGGGCUCUUCAUCACCCUGUGCCUCAGUUUACCAAUCUGUAAAAUGGGGAUCCUGAUACUGACCUCCUUUGGAAAUAACCAGGUAUUAUUAUUAUUAUAAGGGACGAUUCUGAUCACUUCGUCCUUGGAGUAGUGAUGUGAACUGCUGAUUUCUGAUGAGCUGAAGGAGGUACCUGCCUAAUCAGUCUAGCUGUGGCAUUUGUAACAGGCCCAUCGCCGUAGAACACAACAUCAAACUGCUCCAUCUUAAUCACAUUUCCUACCCACUGGCCAGGCACCUUCUGCCAAAUGCCUUCUGGUCACACAGAAGCUUUGCUAUCUGCAGCCCCCUUCAUAUACUCAUGCUGUAAUUCUUCUCUGCUCCAUUCAGUGCAUUUGCAGGUGCUCCUCGGAGUGGGGCUGGCUCUUCUGUGCUUCUGCCUUCUCCUGGGCUGUGCCGUGUGCUGGCGUCGAAGUGAGAGGCACAACCAGAGCAGCAGGAAAGAGCAGGUACCAACCAACACUCUGGUGGAGCUGGGGCCUGCUCUGCCUUCCCAGACCACCACCAUGCCCAUCCAGCAACAGUAUGUGGAGCUAGAGGGAGCGAUGCUGGAAUGUGCAGGGAAUGACUCGCUGGGUUCUCCUGGCGCUGGCAGCCUGCCACAGAGCAUGUUGCAUGGGAGGGCCUCUUUACCCAGCAUCCCUUUCUCCCAGAAGCUUGGCCUGUUCUCCAAGACAGAGCCGGGCUGGGAGCGCCGGUCCACCAUCUCUGGAGAGACUGACGAGAGCAGCCUGCUGACUCGUCCUGUUCUGGGACCCAGUGUCCGCCAGUCGUCCACCAUGCCGAGGAGCCUCUCCAGUGCUGGCCCCAAGCAGCAGCCCCAGCUCCACUUCAUCCUGUUCUACUCCCAGCCCGAGGCCACGCUCACUGUGACGGUGAUCAGCGUGUCCCACCUGCCCAAGGGCUUUCGAAGCAGCCGGGACUCCUAUGUCAAGGUGUACCUGCUCCCCAAGUUCAUCGAGCCCCAGCGCACGGCUGUGCGCAGGAAGAGCCUCAACCCCGAGUUCCGAGAGCAGUUCCAGUUCGGCCGCUACCACCUGGAGGAGCUGAGGGGCUUCACCCUGCGCUUCGCUGUCUAUGUGAAGGAGUUUCGCAGCUUCAGGGACUCCUUCGUUGGGGAAGUGAUGUUCCCGUGUGCCCAGGUUACUUGGAACCCCGAGGCGGCCUCCAGCUACACCCGGGAGCUGUCAACCACCAAAACCAAACUCAAAAAGUGUCUCAGUGCCCAGGACAUGAGCUACGGCGCUGCGUGCUCCCAAUCCACGUCCCUGGGCCAGCUCUUCAUUCUCCUCCAGUACCAGGCUCUGGCCAAUCGUAUCAAGGUGCUGGUCCGCAAGGCAGAGAAUCUGGGCCGGCUCACCCGCAUGCCAGGGGCACCAGACCACUACGUUGUCAUUCACUUUUACUACAACGGGCGAGUCAUGGACACAAAGGAGACCAAGUCCAUAGCCGGCUACAACCCCGUGUGGAACACGCCCUUCCUCUUCAAUGUCCCUGCAGGAGACAUCCAGGAGCAGCAGCUGUACCUGGAGUUCACCAUCAUGCAGGCUCGUCUCUAUACACGCAGCUGCACCCUGGGCCGAGUGCUGAUUGGGCCCCACGCCCCAGAGGCAGGGCUGCUCCACUGGAAGGAGAUGUGCUGCCGAGGGCAGGUGGAAUCCGCGCGGUGGCAUGUGAUUCAGCCGAAUGUUUUCAGUCUCUCCCCUUGACAUAGGUCAAUCAGCAGGUGACUCAUUGGAGCUUGUCAGUCGGAGCAGGAUGGGGAAAUCAGUGCUGAUGCCUGAGCGUGUAAUUCCCGCUGGCUGCGUGGCUGGGUUGAAGAACUGUAGUCAUGUCAGAAGUGUCGUCUCCUAUGUGGUGAGAGUCUGCUCUGUGCUGCCCUGGAUGGCCCCGAGGCCACCAAGACAGGGAGCAGCAAGGAACUUGAAGCAAAGCGAGACUUUCCUUGUUAAGUAUCUUAGAUAGAGAGCAUAUGUCUGAAAUUAAAGGGAAAGAGCCCCACCAUCAGCUCCUGGCUGCUGUUGGGACAUUGGCCCGGGGAAGGGAGCACUGGCAGCAGCAGCGAAAGGAGGGCAGGAGAUGGGCAUAGGAACAUGAGAUAUGGAAAGGAGCAGAGGGAAGUGGGAGCAUGGAGAGGAGAGGAAAGAGCAUGGACAGAUGGAAGGAGCAAGCUUCAUGUGCUCCAGACUUGCUCAGGAGGAUUCCAGGCUGGCACGCCAACAAAGCUAGUUGUCCCCAAUCCCCAAACCAAGACAGUAACCAGUGAUCAAAUUUAAGACAGUCUUGGAGGCCCUGACCCACAUCCAGCCUGAGGAUAACCAGGCGCAACACCAUUGAUUUCACUGUAGUUAUGAUGACAACUUACUCCAUGCUUGAUGCUCUUGUGAAGUCAGUAGAAUUACACCUGCUCUGGGCUAGGUGUGGCCCCUACUGCAUUUAUGUGAAUUCUGCUCAGCGUAACAUGUACGAUCAGUGCUGCAGUCAGAACAACCUCCAGUCUGUUCCAGUCCACUCGUAGGGAACAGCUGGACCACACAUGGAUGAAAUGUCAGCCUUGAUUCCUAGAUCUCUGUGUAAGAAAGCCCAAGUUAGCUGUACUGUGUAGAGCACUGAUCUGUGGGAUCACUGUGAAGGAGGAACCCAUGUGCCCUGAGCAUGGGCAGGGAAGAGGUCACAGAAGGGUUGGAAGGCCAUUUUCGCUAUCCCCAAUUUCCUGCAUAAAAUACCAGAUUCCAUCCCAUUCUCCCACUUCAUUGCUUUAUAAUGGAGUGUCAAACUGUUGCACGUCUCACCUUGGACCUGCCCUGGGAUGCAUCCGUCUGGUGCAUAAUCCUCCCUGCUUUACUUGGACCUACAGUUCUGGAGUUCAGAGCUGCUGCUGGAGGAGCAGGGCAACAAUGUGAAAAAAGGAAGAUUGCAGGGAUGAGGUCCAGCAGGUGGAUCCAGGAGAGCCCAGUUUCCUGCGAUUCUGCUGAUGUCACUGAAUCUUCAGAGGGAUUCCCUUGUUAAGCCAUGGUCCCCCUUCCGGCACAACACUGAGGUAAUGCUGGCAGUGCUAGCUUGGCAUAGAGCAGCUGCAGCUUGCUGGGCUGUUACUGCCAAUGCAGUUGUAAUUUUAUGCCUAUUCCAAUGGCCAACCCAUCACCCCAACAUCUCUUCAUUCAUAUCCUCUUAUCAAAUCAAGCUGCAACCAUAGCAGUCAGAUACUUAACACAUCCCCAGUCAAUGAAAAAUAUCCCCCCCCCCAGGGUAAUGGGUAAGGUAAUAGCCUGGAAACUUAUUUUUAAAACACAGCAGCAUUCCAUAGAGGCUAGGUGGUCUCCCAAGAUGCCAGACAGGAAGUGAUAUCACUGGGAAGGCCCAGGGGAGCCGUCACUAUAGUGCAAGGCCCAGGCCCGCAGCCCCACAUCUGGUUGCUGGCUCAGACCUUUGUGUUUUCCAUCCACUUUGUCCCCUUUAAACAAAUAAAAGGAAUUUGUUCUGAAAGUGUAUUGCUGCCUCCAUGAGGUCAUUCCUGCCAUGCGACUGUAUUGAUGU